GCGUGGGCACAAGCUAGGUGACUUAUAGCUGGUGCCCCAUUUCCCAUGGUCUGUCUGUGAGGGAGGGCAUGACUGUCACUAUCUCCACCUCGCAGAGAAGGAAACUGUAGCUCAGGGUGGCAUGUUGCCUGCCUAAGAGUGCACAGCUUGCAGAGACAGGAUCUGGACCUUGGGUUCCAGGCUUCGAGUCUUGUGCUCUUCCCCGUCUGCCACACUGCUUCACUCCUCUCGAUUCCCGUUGCCCUCGCCCAUCUUGGAGCCAGCGUGUUUCUUGAGCAGGGGCUCCCUAAGGCAGUGGAGCCGGGCGGGUUCUCCUCCCAAGAAUCUAGGACAUCAAGGCCUGCCACCUGCUCAGAGGCUUAAAUUUCUCUGCAAGGGCCCUUGGCUAAAUUAGGUAAUGGGCUAGGACUCUGGGAUGGGGGCGGGGGGGGGGAGGCGCUCGCCGACCCCAGGAUCUGAUUGGCCAGGGCAACUAGUCCUGGGGAGCAGGGAGGUGGGAGGAGAGGGUGUCCCUACAAAUCCAAGGGGCUGGAGCAGGCCAGGGCAUCUUUGGGUGGUGGAGUGCUGAGGAGGUGAUCUGCAGCAGAGGAGGGCCUGGGACUAGCAACCAUGACGGACCAGCAGGCGGAGGCCCGGUCCUACCUCAGCGAGGAGAUGAUCGCUGAGUUCAAGGCCGCCUUCGACAUGUUUGACGCUGAUGGUGGCGGGGACAUCAGCGUCAAGGAGUUGGGCACGGUGAUGAGGAUGCUGGGCCAGACACCCACCAAAGAGGAGCUGGACGCCAUCAUCGAGGAGGUGGACGAGGACGGCAGCGGCACCAUCGACUUCGAGGAGUUCUUGGUCAUGAUGGUGCGCCAGAUGAAAGAGGAUGCGAAGGGGAAGAGCGAGGAGGAGCUGGCCGAGUGUUUCCGCAUCUUUGACAGGAACGCAGACGGCUACAUCGAUGCGGAGGAGCUGGCUGAGAUCUUCAGGGCCUCUGGGGAGCACGUGACAGACGAGGAGCUCGAAUCCCUCAUGAAGGACGGUGACAAGAACAACGACGGCCGCAUUGACUUCGACGAGUUCUUGAAGAUGAUGGAAGGCGUGCAGUAAGAAGGCGCCGUCGCCUCCGCCCAGACCGCGCGUCCCUCGGGCGAGGGCGGUUCCACCCCCGCCGGGUCCCAUGCUCCGCCCCGGGAGGGAGGCGCGGCCCCCGCUGGCUCUGUGUCCAGAGGGAAUAAAAGCAGACACUGCAAAGCGCGUAGCCUGAG